UUUAGAUAAAAAUUUAUUUUUUUAGGUAAUGGAAUCGCCAAAUUAUAGCUCGCUUGUUUAAGCAUGAUGACUCCUUGAUUUUUCAAAAGUUUGUGGAAGAUAUAUUUGCUAACCUUAUUGUAUAGGACCCUUAAAAAGAACAAAAUGAAGAGCUUACUCCUAUUAGCUAUUAUAGUGUGGUCAGCACAUUGUGCAUAUAACGAAAAACUAGCUGUAGACAUGGUUUAUGCUUCAGCCUUAUCGUACUGUCCUUCAGAUAAGGUGAUGUCAGGUGGUUGCAAGGCUGCAACUGUUGCCACUGAAAAUAUUGAUAUCAUCCCAAUCUUUUCUGUUUCCAACAACGAUUCCAAGUUACCUAUCUAUAUGACUCUGAUGAAAAGAGAGUCUCAGAAACAAAUUAUUGUUGGAUUCUCUGGAACUAAAGGAGCUGAUGAACUGAUAGAUGAAGUUACUCAUAUCUUACCCAAGGAAUACGAUAUUCAUCAAAAUAAGGGAGUGCAAGUCUUCGAGUUCUUUUACAAUCAUUAUAAGGACGAGUUCAGAAAUGAUUUCUUAAAGCAAAUGUCUGAUGCAGUGAACAAAGAUGAAAAUCAGAACUAUGAUGUAAUCUUCACUGGACACUCCCUUGGAGGUGCUCUUACUAUGCAUGCAGCGGCUGAUGCUAUCCUAAGUGGCCUCUUUACGAAUAAUAAUGUCUACAUUUACACUUUUGGCCAACCAAGAGUUGGAAAUGCUGAAUUUAUUGAUGAAUUUAUACCAAAAGUUAAAGAAUCUUACAGAGUCAUUCAUGACAACGAUAUUGUUCCACAUCUCCCACCAUGUAUCACCGAUUUUAAUGAUGGAUGCACCAAACACGGAUUUUUGAUUCCAGUUUUCCCAUAUCACGCUGCCACAGAAGUACUCUAUGAACAAGGCUUCGAAAGCUACAAGGUAUGUAGCACAUCUGAAGGAGAAGAUAAGACUUGCGCUCUCUCAAAGAGCGGAAAGAGCAUUCCAGAUCACCUCACCUACUUCGGUGUUGAAGUUGGCCAAUUCCAUACCCACGAAUCCAACCAAUCUCAACCCCUUGCUAUCAAAAACCUGAUGAAAUAACCAAUGAAAUUUCAGCUAAAACCAUCUUUUCAAUAUCUCC